UACAAGUAUACAAUAAUACAACAUACAACAUAGAAAAAUAAAUGACAAUAAAAAACGUAAUCCAUUUCCAAAGCAAAUUGUCCCGCCACAAAGUCCAACUGGAACAACAACAAGAAGUCAACGCUAUAAAAUUCCAACCAAACCUCUUCAACUAACCUGUCUGAAUGGGACAACGCGACCUUUUCCCUCCCCUCCUGCUACUCCUCCCCACCAUCUGCCAUCGCCAUGUGAUCUCUUCCCUUUCUUUAAUUGAUCUUUGCCAAAACGACAACGCCCCAAACAAGGAAACCAAACCCAAAAUCGAAAUCAAAACUUUAACAUAAAAAAAAAAACAAAUAAAAUGUUUUUUUAUUAACCAAUCCGAGUUCGUUGAUCUCCUCAUCACCUCUAUCUUUUCUCUCCUGUUCCAAACUCUGCAGUUCGUAUAGUUAUGAAGUGUUUUUAUUUUACUAACGGGGAGAAGCGAGGCUGGGGAGAGGACGGUGGCGCCGUUUCGAGGUCGUCGUCGAAGGUGACGUGGACGAGGUCGUUAAGCGUGGCAUCAAGCAGCGUCGACAUGCGUCGUUCUGAGUUCGACUGUGAGUCGACUAGGGACUUUGCCUCGGAAUACUCGGCGGUGAGUUUCCGCGAGUUUCUGACUCAGCGUCGAGCUAACGAUCUACGCGUGUUCUCAUUCGCGGAGCUGAAAUCAGCUACCCGCGGGUUCAGUAGAGCUCUUUUGAUUGGUGAAGGAGGGUUCGGGUGCGUUUACAGAGGUGUCCUUAAGGUUCCUGAUGAAUCUAACGACGGUCGUGAUUUAAAGUUGGAUGUCGCCAUCAAACAGCUCAAUCGUCACGGUUUCCAGCUCGAGGGAUUUGGAUGUUUUUGCUUUGCUAGCAUUCAGGGGCAUAAGGAAUGGAUCAAUGAAGUGAACUUUCUGGGUGUGGUUAAGCACCCAAAUCUUGUAAGGUUGGUGGGAUACUGUGCGGAGGAUGACGAGAGAGGGAUUCAGAGACUUCUGGUCUAUGAGCUGAUGCGUAACAAAAGCUUGGAGGAUCAUCUGUUGGCUCGGCUGCCAUUGCCAUUGCCUUGGGUGAAAAGAUUGAAAAUUGCUCAAGACGCUGCCCGGGGCUUGGCUUACCUGCAUGAAGAAAUGGAUUUUCAGCUAAUAUUUCGAGAUUUUAAAACAUCAAAUAUUCUACUAGAUGAUGACUUUAAUGCAAAGCUUUCGGACUUUGGAUUGGCUAGGCUAGGACCUAUUGAAGGAUUUGGCCAUGUUUCGACAAUAGUUGUGGGCACAGUAGGUUAUACUGCCCCUGAGUAUGUGCAAACUGGCAGGCUAACUGCUAAGAGUGAUGUUUGGAGCUUUGGGGUGGUUCUAUUCGAGCUCAUCACAGGAAGGCGAGCACUAGAGAGAAAUCUACCUCGAAGCGAGCAGAAGCUCCUGGAAUGGGUGAGACCUUAUGUAUCAGAUUCAAAGAAAUUUCACCUAAUUGUAGAUCCUCGCAUUGAAGGACAGUAUUGCAUGAAAUCAGCUCAGAAACUAGCAUCCCUAGCAAACAAAUGUCUGACGAAAAACCCAAAGUCCCGCCCUAAAAUGAGCGAUGUGGUUGAGACGCUAGGCAACAUUAUUAGUGAGACUUUAUCUCAAAAUGAAGCUGUCUCCCAGUCAGUCAGUGAAAAUGAAGACGUAAAGGAAGAAAGUGAAGUACAGACCGAGGUCGAGUCUACGAAGCAAGGGCACAAUUACCUGAAGAAGGUUUUUGAUAUCAGAGAAUUAAUUAACUUAAGAAACAGAUCAGUUGGGAAGUUAGAUUGGAGAAAUUGGACACCUGGGCUGGUGAGAACUUGGUGACAAGCAUUUUCAGCUUGUGAUUCUGAAAGAAAUUUAUAUGCCUCUUGCCUCCUCAGUCAAACACACAGUAUGAAAUAUGUUUUAGUUCUUGAACAUUUGGAGGAUAAUUUCUUUCCCUCCCCAAUUCAUUUUUGUUCGAAAGUAGUUGUAAAUAUAGUUUGGAAGGAAAGCUGCAUCUGUGGUUGUGAAUCUUUAAAUUCUUUUUUUUUUUUUCUUUGCCUAUGUUUUGUAUUUCUUCCAGUGGCCUUUGAUGUGCUAUGGAUAGCCAUCUGUUUGUAUCUCUUAGCAACAGAAUUUGUAGGUUUUUUUUUUUUUUAAUCACAGGAGAAAAUUUUGAAAUGGUCUACGGAGAUACUUAUAUAAAACCAGUCUAUGCAAGAAAGAGCACGUGCUUUGACGGAUGAAAUCUUCGCGGGACUGCUAGAUGUGUUCAAACUUCAAAGUAGCAUUAGCUUGAAUUGACAAGUCUAUGAAGUCCGACAAGUUACCUAAAACAACAAAAGUCUAACCUACAAGCCAAUAGAAUGCCAAUCUAACCAUUCCAUUCUUGACUAGGCUUUCAGAAACAGCGGCUGGCAGGGUUGUGUCGGCUGCAAAGGUUGUUGUCCUUUUGGUGCCAAUCUGAGCAGUCCAGAACCCCAGUAAUUUUCCCUGAAGAACAGAUGGAUGAUGAUCAAGAAAGACAAUGACUUGAAUUAUCUCCUCCUUACUCCACUAUCUUCUGUUAACCUUCUCUGCUUUGAUUCUGGGUCCAGUCUCCAGAACGUGGAUUCCUUGGAGUAAGCCAUCAACUUAGUGCUGCUGACAUUUAUGAAACAGUUCACGUUGGAAAGAAAUUUAAGCCCAAAAAAGUCUUUGAGUUUAAAUUGAAUUGCUCAAAAGCAGAUUCCACCGCACUUUCCGCACAGUGCAGAUGGAUGAGGUUUACGAAUUAUUAAUUGAAUUUAAAUA